AUGUCUACUUUGUCUACUUCAACCGCCACCGCCUCCGCACUACCCGAUUCCUCUCGCCCGGGGCGUCUCCGCCGAUUUAGCCAGCUUCGCGCCUACACGUCAAAUCUUUCUUCUCCAAGUGGGCAACGCGGUCGUCGCCAAUCUCUGAGCAAUAGAAUUCCUUGGUUAGCGCCGACGUCGGGCGAUUGCCCACAGGCCCAGGGGGACCUUCUUUUUUGUCCUGACGGUGAACAGUCACCUUUGUCCCGCUAUACCACAGCGCCCGCCAGUCAUCGUGCUGCCGACCUCCAAGCUUCGUCUCCCGAGCCAUCUUCGCCUGCUAACGAGUCGAGUGCCGUUCCAUCCAAUAUGGCUCGUCUACGUAGUAUAUCUGCCGUAUCUGGUCGGACUGCUCGAGCUGGUCGUACGACCCCCCCAGAGUCACGAGCGCAACCCACACCACCACCACCCGUUCCAGUACUCGCAGCAACACCCACAGCAGUACUCUCAUCGACUCCCUCCCCCGAACCAAAUAAUGCGGCGAGUGAGGUAGUCGAUCUUACCGGUGCAAGCCCGCCCGACUCUCAAUCCGGGACCAAACCACCACAGAAAGCCACUAUUCGGUUCUUCCCCUACCAAGACAACUUCCAAAGCUCUCGGCCUUCGUUACCAUUUGUCCCAAUCACUCGAACAUUACCGUCGGAAAGUUGUGUGGUCAGGGUGGGCCGUUACUCAGAGCGAGAUGGAAUUCCAAUCCCCAAUCCCACGGAGCCCUCAGAUGCCCCCGUCGGGUUCAAGUCUAAGGUGGUGAGCCGGAAACAUUGCGAGUUCAUGUAUAUCAAUGGCCAGUGGCAUGUUAAGGAUGUGGGCAGUUCAUCAGGCACCUUCUUAAAUCAUAUGCGUUUGAGCCAGCCUAAUAUGGUCUCUCGUCUUUAUUCUAUCAAAGAUGGCGAUAUUGUGCAAUUGGGAAUUGAUUUUCGGGGCGGCGAGGAGAUGAUCUUCCGCUGCGUUCGAAUUCGUAUCGAGUGUAAUCGCUCAUGGCAGCAGCAACCAAACGAGUUCAAUAAAAACACUGAGAGUCUUAUCAAAAACCUGGGCAAGGGAGAGACUUCCGAUUAUUCUGGAUGUCGGGAAUGUUCUAUCUGCCUCGGCUCUGUUUUGCGACCAUACCAGUGCCUGUUCAUGGCAGCCUGUGCUCACGUUUGGCAUUACAAAUGUAUCAGUCGCCUGCUCCACUCCCCCGAUUACCCCAUGUUCCAAUGUCCCAAUUGUCGUGCCUUCACGGAUUUGAGCGCCGAGGUUGACGACACCAAUGAUUAUGAGGCCGGGAGCAAGGAAGGCAAAGAGAGUCCCGCACCGGCUGCCGAGACAGCCAGCACAGGAGGACCCUGUCCUGCGGCCACAGCUGCUGCGCUCAUCAACGAGACCACAAACAGCGUUGCAGAUAAUCAACGGGACAGCAUUCACAUCGAUCACGAUCUGGUGACUGAUGUUGAGAACUUGCAUUUGCAAGAUGAGCAGAGACCGGACGUAGACACCGAAGAUAGCAGAAGCACAGACUCUCCGGCCCCCAAUGGUAGCAAUGAAGAUCUUGGACGAAGCGCCGCUACAAACAUUCCUGGGUGGCAACCUACUCAGCCCCUCAGUGUUCCAGUCGGCUCCCACCUCCGCGUCGAUACACCAAAUCGCUCAGAAACAUCUGACGAUAACCCUUUAACUCCUCGGAAUGACUCAGGCCCACUCGCUUUCGAUGGUCGUGCAGGGAUGCGCUGA